AUGGAGGGAGAUAUUGAAGUAUUAGAAAAAGCCAUUCAAAAUCUUGAAGCUAUUGGGGAAAAGGAUGACGAUUUGUCACAUCAGGACCUGUAUAAAAAUUGGGGAAAAUAUGGAUCUCAGGAGGAACGACGCAAAGAACUCUUAGAAACCCAAAAAAGCAAUAGACAGAAUAAGGUUGAUAAAUUAAGAGGACUUAUUAACGUUGUGAAACAAGAAAAAACAUUCAAACCAAGUAACAAAGUGUCUUACAGACCAAAUAUUUAUGUAGCUGGAUUUCAUAAAACACCUCAAACAUAUAGUAAUGUUUUAAUGCUAUCUGAAUGGCUGAUCGAGAAACCCUCAGACUUUGAAACAAAUUGGUACAUUGCCCCUUGCCCUAAAGCAAUGAGAUUGCUUGUCAUAGCUUUUCAUGGUAACACUAAAUGCUUUACCAAGUAUGGUCAUUUUAAAUUUGAAUGUUGCACAUCACUUCCGGGUGGUAAUCCCAAAUCAAGUGGAAAUUGUGUGUUGGAUUGCUUUUAUGAUAAAGAAUCAAAUACAAUGUAUGUGUUAGAUUUAUUAGCUUGGAAUAAUCAGCCUAUGACAGAUGGAGAGACAGAAUUUCGACAAUUUUGGAUGCAAACUCACUUAAAUGAUAUCUCAGCUAUUAAAAAAAUAUCGAAUUUUAACAAAGUCAUCUUUAAAUUAUUACCAAUGAUACCAUGUACGAAGGAAAACUUAAAUAAUUUGUUUUCAAAGUUCCCGCCUUGUGAUGAUCUAGAUUUCCCAGCAUUAGAUGGAUUGUUAUUUUACCACAGGCAAGCACAUUAUUUUGCUGGACAGACACCAUUAGUAGGCUGGCUCUUCCCAUAUAUGGUCAAUGAAGUUCUUGGCCAAGAUAUCACAGUGAGCUCAGAGUAUUUAGCUGGAACACCCGAAGAUUAUACAAAUCAAACUGAUUUUAUAUCAAGGUUUGAAGAGAAAUUAAAACAGAGAAGUAGAAGGAGUAUAAACAACAGCUCUAUGGAGACUGAAAAUGUGGAGAGUGAAGAAAACACAGAAAGUGACAAGAAAGUAGACAGCAUGGAAUCGGAAGUUACGAGAAUAGAUCCUAGAAACAAGUGA